AUGGCCGCUAUGGCAAUGGCACGGGCCCGCUAUUCUUCUCUGUUCCGCUUGCUGCUGGUCUUGGCUAUCGCUUGUCGAGGCAUCACUUGGCUGGGCACAUCCCCUGGGCGAAGCACUGGAAGACCCGGCUUGAGGAGACUGGCUGAGCCGGAGCGGUCCAGCUACGAAUCGUCGCCUGGAUGGACCAAGUCUGUAGUGAACGGCUUGACUAGCCUCAUCAAUGGUCUCGUGGGUGGAGAAGCUGCAGCCAUUCCACCACGAAAAUUCGAGAGGAUCGAAUCGCAGCAACUGUUGGAGGGAAUCCGGGCUGAUUUCGAAGAGAAGCAAUAUUUGUGGUCAGGUGAUAUUGACCUGGAGUUAUACGAUGAGGAUUGCACCUUCACCGACCCCACGAUUUCUUUCCAGGGCCUUUCCAAAUUCCAAUCGAACAUGCGAAGCUUGAAUCCAAUUGUUGAUGCACUAGUUCAAAAGGAACGGCGGAGAUGUGUCCUGCAGGAUAUCAAGCUUGAAGAGACAGGAGAAGUCAUUGCAAAGUGGCGAAUGGUUGGGGAUGUCCAGCUCCCUUGGUCACCACGGAUUGACAUCGGUGGGCGAACCAAAUAUACACCAGGCAGCGAUGGGCGCAUCCAAUCAUACUCAGAGCAGUGGGACAUUGAUGCUGGAGAGGCUUUAGCUCAGCUCAUUCAGCCGAAGAAGGAGGCAGUAGACCAUUGGCCCAUGCAAUUGGAGGGUGCCCCUCCACCAAAGCCUGAAGUUGUAUUUCAGAAGCUGCCAGUGGUCUUGCUCCCUGGCUUUGGCAAUGAUGCAAAAGACUACGUAGAGCCACUGGGUCAAGAUCAGAAUGUGGGUCUGCGAUCCUGUUUGGAAAGGCGUGGCCUUUUGACUUCAGUAGUGCCAGUGAAAAGGAGUGACUGGUUGCGAGUUUUCCUUGGCAUUUUGCUGGAUGACGAUGCUCGCGCUGGAAAUGGAACAGCUCGGGGAGCUUAUGGAUGGUACCUGGACCUCACCAAGACAGCGAUCGAAGAAAGUUUGGCUUCCACAGGCCAACCAGCAAUCCUUAUCGGUCAUAGCGCAGGUGGGUGGCUAGGACGCGCAGUUCUUGAGAGAGAAGGUUUGGAAUGGGCCCAGAAACACGUGCAAGGCCUAGUGACCCUGGGCACUCCACACCGACCUCCGCCAGAAGGACAAAUGGAUAUGACGUUUGGAUGCCUGCGCAACCUGAACAAAGCUCAUCCUGGAGCAUACUUUUCCGAUGAUAUGUUUUAUGUGUCAGUCGCUGGUGAUGCAGUGGUUGGACAAAAGAUUGAGGGCAACAUUCCCAUUGUGGAGCUGAUCCAGUCAGCCUCACCAGAAUCUACGGCCUGGAACAGCUACCAAGCACUCGGGGGCUAUGGAAAUCUUACAGGUGACGGCUUGGUUCCAGUGGAUUGGGCCCAUCUGCCAGGGUUGCGGUUCACUGAAAGAAAAAUGCCCCGCAGCUCCAGAUCAAGAUCUCGUAGGCGGUCGCGUUCAAGGCGGCGGUCAGACUCGCGUGAUCGCUAUCAGUCUCCGUCCAGAGAACGACGGAGAUAUUCCCCGAGGAGAAGAGCUUCUCCUCCCAGGCGGGUAGUGUCCAGAUCACCUGCCAAGCGCGGCAAUCCCAAGCCGGCACCUGCAGACGCGCCUGAGAUUGGCAAAGCGCGGAUUGUCGAUGGGGCUUUGCUGAACACCGGCGAGAAAACUUACCAAGCAGAAAUCCUAGUUGCACGAGAAGGCGCUGACGCCCUGAACCACUCUGGCAACGUCCGGACCAUUGCCUGUCGUGGUCCAUCCCGUUCAUCUCAGGAUGAGGCGGCAGAGGACUGCCAAAAGUUCGAAGAGGCAGCAAAGGAAGGCCCCAAGGCCUGCAGAAUGAUGGCGCAACAACUGCAGAAAACAAAGAAAGGAAGGAUGUGA